CGCGUUUUGACACGUUCAGUCCUCUCUCUCCUUCAAAACACUGCCCCUGUCCAUUCCGCACCGAACCAGGACACCCGAGCCAUCCCCGGCUUUUGAAGCCUCCCGCACCAAAAGCAUGUCUGGAUUAUGGCAUCCCUGUCGCUUUAACGCUCCAGACGGAGCGCCCCAUAUGAUUUUGGAGCUCCAAUCACCACUUGCCCUCCGCCAAAGGCAGCCGCCGAUCACUCUGCAUGCAAACAUGGCGAGAAAGAACCGCCGUCCGAAUCAAAGGACGCCGUUUAAAUACAAAGAGUAGCCUUUCUGUUCUGUUGGACAGGAGCCGUCCGAGCGCUGAGGAGGGGGAACCAAACGGAGCUCCUUGGAAGCAGCUAACGCCUCCGGAUCGCAAUGCUGAUAGUGGAGAAGACUGCUGACCUCCCGUCUGUGGAGUACUCUGUGGUGGAGGAUGUGGCCCUUCACUGCACCUUCCUGAUGGACCGUCUGAACGAGCAGCGCCUGCUGCAGCCGGACCUGUGCGACGUGGACAUCGUGCUGCUGCGCCACAAGGCCACCUUCCAGGCCCACAAGGGCGUGCUGGCGGCCUACAGCCCCUUCUUCCACUCGCUGUUCGCCUCCAGCAAGGAGCUGCAGCGUGUGGAGCUGUCGCUGGAGGCGCUCCGGCCGCAGGGCCUGCUGCAGAUCCUCAACUUCAUCUACACCUCCAAGCUGCUGGUGAACAGUGGAAAUGCACAGGACGUGCUCCGCGCUGCCACCGUGCUGCAGAUGAGCAACAUCGCCUCGUCCUGCCGCGAGCUCAUCUCCCGUGGCUCGCUGCACGCCCGGCCCACUCCAGCAGAUCUGCCUAGGCACCAGGAUGCUGACGACAAGGCCUGGAGCAACGGCAACAGUGGCAAUGGAGGCAGCGGCUCGGCGGGCUCUGCUGGCCUAGGCACCAGCUUUUAUGUGGAGAUCAAGGAGGAGCAGGACCUGUCCAGCGCCAAGAUCUUUGCAGGGAAAGGCGAGAGGAGUCCGUAUGCUGUUCACAUCGGAGAUGGACAGGCGGGACAGUCAUGUAAGGUGGAGGAAAAACCGGAGGUGUCAAGAGAUUCCGAUGACCUUGCAACGUUCAACAGAGAGCAGAUUAUCGUGGAGCUGAAUCUGAACAACCAGACCCUCAAUGUGUCCAAAGGUCUGGAAGGGGGCAGCUCUUCCCCUACUGCAACUCCUUCUGGCUUUGAGACAGAGGAGAAGGACAACAUGGAUUCAGAGGAAGAAGAUGACCAAAGCGAAGGUGAUGAUGAGGCACCUGGAGGUACCAGCGAAGAAGAAGAGGCUGAGGUCCUCAACCUGCCUGAGUUCCUCCCUCAGAGGUCGCGCAGACAGACCAGGACCUCCAUGGACACCAUGGCGACGGUUACUAUGAGAACGAGCAUGAGAGUGAGGCGGGGUGGUGGCGGGAGUAGGCGUGGUGAGGAGGAGGAGGAGGAAGAUGAGGGUCUGGGGCAGGACGCACAAAUGAAGGAGAGGCGGAGCUUCCCAUGCAUGAGGUGCCCGCGGGUCUUCACCAGCGGCUGGGACAUGGAGAAGCACGUGAGCGUCGCACACAGCCACAUGCAGGUGUGCGACAAGUGUGGCAAGCGCUUCCUUUUGGACAGCGAGCUGGUGCUGCAUCAGCAGACUGACUGUGAGAAGAACAUACAGUGUCUUGCGUGUGGCAAAGACUUCAAGAAGCUCUGGUCCCUGCAUGAGCACAAUAAAAUUGUCCAUGGCUACGCUGAGAAAAAGUUUACUUGUGAGAUAUGUGAGAAGAAGUUCUUCACUAUGGCUCACGUUCGCAAACACAUGAUCGCUCACACAAAAGAGAUGCCAUUCACCUGCGAGACCUGUGGCAAGUCCUUCAAACGGAGCAUGUCUUUGAAAGUUCAUUUUCUCCAACAUUCAGGAGAGAAGCCCUUCAGGUGUGAGAAUUGCAAUGAGCGUUUUCAGUACAAGUACCAGCUACGAUCUCAUAUGAGUAUCCACAUCGGACACAAGCAGUUCAUGUGUCAGUGGUGCGGCAAGGACUUCAACAUGAAGCAGUACUUUGAUGAGCACAUGAAAACCCACACAGGAGAGAAGCCGUACAUAUGUGAGAUCUGCGGGAAGAGCUUCACCAGUCGACCCAACAUGAAGCGACACCGGCGCACUCACACCGGAGAGAAGCCGUAUCCGUGCGAGACGUGCGGCCAGCGCUUCCGCUUCUCCAACAUGCUGAAGGCCCACCGAGAGAAAUGCUUUUCGGUCAGCAACCUGCCAGCCUCUGAGGCCUCUCCCACUGAGUAUGACUCCGCGGAGUGUAAAGACACUGGCCUACCUGCUCAUUCAGCAGCAGCAGUGCCGCAGUACCCCUCACACCUGCUUCCUCUGCCGCCUCUGUUCCCCAACGCAAGGACCGACUCUAGCGAGGCCUAGCUAAGGUUCUGUGUUCCCGUCAGGCUACAGGUACUCGUUGUGUAGCGUGUUAGGCUUUUCUAUGUGUGUGUAUUAGGGAUGGGCAUUUUCAAUAUUCAUCAAUAACUGAAUAGUAAUGUGAUUAUCAAUCAAAUGGACAUCUUUACAGCACAACCACAAACACAAAUACCCUAUAUGAAGCAUAAAAAUGAUUCAGCAAUUGACCUGUCAAUGCUCCGCCCACAAAAGCAUUUUGGAUUGGUUUGUAGCUACUUUAGUACUGUUGAGCAAGCUCGACAGAAUGUUGACAAAAAGCUCAUUGAACCUAAUGAAACAUUUUUACUCACAACUGAUUUUGUCAAAAUACUUAUAAUUAGAGUGUUUUGUUACUUUCAAAUGAUGCGCAUGCGAAGAAAAUAUCUUUUAGAAAUUAAUAAUGCACUUUAUUUAGCAGGUUGGAACCCUCAGAGAACAGAAAACAGAUCCCAGCUUGUAUUUAAACUCUGCAAGUAUUGCAGUUUACUUUUGUGCAAUUGUUAAGUUUUGGAUGAAAAC